CUGGAAGCAAGAGGUGAAAGCGGUGGUGGCUGGACAAGCGCAUACUGUAUAAAUCCACAACAAGACCUCAGUGCCGCAACAAGCGCCACAUGUCCCUCUUGGGCACCUAUAAACUGCGACGCCAUCCAAGAAUCCAAUNUAUCUUUUGUUCUGCUCUCCUCUAGUCUUUUGCUGACACAAUCUAGUUGCUGCACACCAAGCACCUACUGCGCCCGCGCCUCCGACAACACCAUCGGCUGCUGUCCCUGGGGUCAGACCUGCAAUCCCGUAAUCGCUGGUGGUGGCUGGCAAUCACAAUCACAACCACAGCAUCCCACAACUUGGACACAACCACAAGCUUCUACCGUCUAUGUUACUGAAACACAUCCAACGACGACGUUAGUUUAUGCCGCUGGCCAACAAGCUACUACUGUGUAUAAUGGUGUUGGGCAAGGGCAACAGCAAUAUUGCUCAACACUAUAUGCGCAUGGAGGUAAUUUGCCUACGACUGAAGCAGGCACUUGUGGGACAAUUUUGAUUGCAAACACGGCGGGAAGGGCGGGUGUGGUGUCGAGGUGGGUAUUGGCGAUGUGGGUAUUUUUUGGUGUUGGGGCAUUGGUGUUGCAGUUGAGGGGUUGGGUA